UUGGAUGCGAAAGGGACAGGCUGUCAUGCGAGGUGUGGAAGAGAUGGUCAGACACGCCGUCGAGGGACGCACACCGCAUCCCUCAGCGAUCCAGAGGGGAUGACUCCAGCAGUGUACCCCACUCCUUGGAAGAGCUCAGAGGAAGAUGUCAGCUCAGUCUCUUCCUGCAGCAACACCCCCUACUCAGAAGCCCCCUCGGAUCAUCCGGCCGCGCCCCCCUUCUCGCCCCCGGGCUGCCCAGUCCCCGGGGGCCCACCACAACGGCUCCUCUCCACAAGAGCCUCCCCUCACUGCCAACGAGGCGCCAAGCCUGAUGUGCACCCCCAUCUUCUGGGAGCCCCCAGCCCCGUCCCUCAAGCCCCCAGCCCUUCUGCCCCCGUCAGCUUCUAAAGCCAGCCUCGACUCCCAGACUUCCCCAGACUCGCCUUCCGGCACCCCCAGCCCAGUGUCCCGGCGCUCCAUCUCCCCAGAACCUGCUCUCCGGUCUCCAGUGCCCCCACCCAAACCCUCCGGGUCACCCCGAACAGCUCUGCCCCCGCUCCACUCGACCCGGGCCCCUGGCCAGGAUGGCUCUGCCUCGGCCACAGGCACCGUGCGGAGACUGGCUGGCAGGUUCGAGUGGGGGGCUGAAGGCAGGGUCCAGGCUCCAGAUGCCCUGGAGCCGGGUCCUCCAGGGGGACUGGAUGUGAAUGGGGAGAGAGAGACCGCCCAGGGCAUCCUCGCUGGGAGUGGGUCCCAGGAGAACGGCACUCCAGAUGCUGCGCUGGCCUGCCCUCCCUGCUGCCCUUGUGUCUGCCACGUGGCCCGGCCCGGCCUGGAGCUCCGAUGGGUGCCACUGGGGGGCUAUGAGGACGGCCCCAGGGCCCUCUGCCGGGCCUCCCCACUGCGGACCUCCCGCUCCCGCCCCAGCCCUCCAAGCCAGCCCCCAGUCGUCCUCACGUCCUACCGCUCCACUGCCGAGCGCAAACUCCUGCCACCCCUCAAGCCCCCCAAACCAACUCGGGUCAGACAGGACGUCACCAGCUCUGGGGACGCCCCACAGCCAGAUCUCGAUCUGCCCUCUGAAGAUGGAAUCCAAACAGGGGACAGUCCCGAUGGCGCCCCUCAGAACAAUCCUCCAGCCACCAUGGAGGGCAGGGAGGACGAGGAGCUGGAGGAGCUGAAGGAGCAAAACUGGGAGCUGCCCCUGCAGGAUGAGCCCCUGUACCAGACCUAUCGCGCAGCCGUGCUGUCAGAGGAGCUGUGGGGGGUCAGUGAGGAUGGGGGACCCUCUUCAGCAAAUCCUGGGGAAGCUCCCCCCUUCGCCCGGCCCCCCGGGCCUCGCAACACGCUGUGGCAGGAGCUUCCGGCUGUGCGAGCCAGCGGCCUCCUGGACACCCUCAGCCCCCAGGAGAGGCGCAUGCAGGAGAGCCUGUUCGAGGUGGUGACAUCCGAGGCCUCGUACCUGCGCUCCCUGCGGCUGCUGACCGACACCUUUGUGCUGAGCCAGGCGCUCCGGGACACGCUCACCCCCCGGGAUCACCACACCCUCUUCUCCAACGUGCAGCGCGUCCAGGGAGUCAGUGAGCGGUUUCUAGGGAAGUUACUGUCCCGUGUGCGCUCUUCCCCCCACAUCAGCGACCUGUGCGACGUGGUGCACGCCCACGCCGUGGGGCCUUUCUCCGUGUACGUGGAUUACGUGCGGAACCAGCAGUAUCAGGAGGAGACGUACAGCCGCCUGAUGGACACGAACGUGCGCUUCUCCGCGGAGCUGCGGCGGCUGCAGAGCCUCCCCAAGUGCCAGCGGCUCCCGCUGCCGUCCUUCCUGCUGCUGCCCUUUCAGCGCAUCACGCGGCUCCGCAUGCUGCUGCAGAAUAUCCUGCGCCAGACAGAGGAGGGGUCCAGCCGCCAGGAGAAUGCCCAGAAGGCUCUGGGUGCUGUCAGCAAGAUCAUUGAGCGGUGCAGCGCCGAGGUGGGGCGCAUGAAGCAGACAGAGGAGCUGAUCCGGCUCACGCAGAGGCUGCGCUUCCACAAAGUCAAGGCCCUGCCCCUGGUCUCCUGGUCCAGGCGCCUGGAGUUGCAGGGGGAGCUGACUGAGUUAGGAUGCAGGAGGGGGGGUGUGCUCUUCGCCUCCCGCCCCCGCUUCACCCCCCUCUGCCUGCUGCUCUUCAGUGACCUGCUGCUCAUCACUCAGCCCAAGAGUGGGCAGCGGCUACAGGUUCUGGACUAUGCCCAUCGCUCCCUGGUCCAGGCCCAGCAGGUCCCGGACCCAUCUGGACCACCUACGUUCCGCCUCUCCCUUCUCAGCAACCACCAGGGCCGUCCCACCCACCGGCUACUCCAAGCUUCAUCCCUAUCAGACAUGCAGCGCUGGCUGGGAGCCUUCCCUACCCCAGGCCCCCUUCCCUGCUCCCCGGGCACCAUCUAUGAGGACUGUGACUGUUCCCAGGAACUCUGUUCAGAGACUUCCACACCUGCCAAGACUGAGGGACGGAAUCUGGAGUCCAGGGCUCCCCACAAGCACCUACACAAGAGCCCCGAAGGCUGGCUGAAGGGGCUUCCUGGGGCCUUCCCUGCGCAGUUGGUGUGUGAAGUCACGGGGGAACACGAAAGGAGGAAGCACCUUCGUCAGCACCAGAGGCUCCUGGAGGCUGUUGGGCCCUCUUCAGGCUCCCCCAGUGCCCCCCAACCCUAAUGCAGGCCGGGGGGGCGGGGGGGCGGCACAAGUUGGGACAGCGGGCAGCCUGGCACAGAGGAGACGAAGCCCAUCCAUCCAUUGGAUUUGCUGUCAGUGGAAACGCUACCUCAGUGGCAACCAAUAGGGACCCAGCUUCAAGACUGGGCAGCCAAUGAAAACAGGGCCGUCUGAGCCCACGCAUGAGGGAGAAUGAAGAUGGCUUGAGUGGAUUGCCAGUGGAGACAGAGGCUCAGUGCAGAGUGGCCAGUGGGUGCUGAGCUGGCUGAGCCUCUGGCCAGUGAGUAUCCCUGCUAUGCUCACAGCCAAGAAAGCGAAGCUAGGGCAGUGCAGCUAAAAGAGGGCU